GCUGAUCAGGUGACCGAGAGCUGGUCCCGGGCUGCGGGAAGCGGCCUGGUUCUCAGCCGCCGGAGACGCCGCCGCCGCCGCCACACCUAGUGGAGGAGCCCGGGAAGGCGGCUCGGUGGGGGCUGGGGCCGAGGGCACCGGGGGGUGGGGACGGAAGGGCGGCAAGCGGAAGGCAGGAGGCUGCCGGGGCGCGGGCUGCUGCGGGGGAAGGGGCCCCGAGGCGUCCGCCGCGGCUCGCUCUGUCACCGGCGCGGAAUUGGAGCGCGAGGGCUAUGGGCGCGCUCCCCUGAGGCGGAGGUCGCGGGCGGGAGGGGAGAAGGCCCGACCGAGGUAGCUGCGGAGGCCGCGGGCCGGUGACUGGGCGAGAGGCAGCCGGCGGCGGCGGCGACGACACUACCACCACCACCACCACUAUCACUACCACCAUGUCGCGCUCCGUGCUGCAGCCCAGUCAGCAGAAGCUGGCGGAGAAGCUCACCAUCCUCAACGACCGCGGCGUCGGUAUGCUUACCCGCCUCUACAACAUCAAGAAGGCUUGUGGAGACCCCAAGGCAAAACCAUCCUACCUUAUUGACAAAAACCUGGAAUCUGCUGUGAAAUUCAUAGUCAGGAAAUUCCCUGCUGUAGAAACCCGCAACAACAAUCAACAGCUUGCACAACUACAGAAAGAAAAAUCAGAGAUUCUGAAAAAUCUUGCAUUAUAUUACUUCACAUUUGUGGAUGUUAUGGAAUUUAAGGACCAUGUUUGUGAAUUGCUGAAUACUAUUGAUGUUUGCCAAGUCUUCUUUGAUAUUACUGUAAACUUUGAUUUAACAAAGAACUACUUAGAUUUGAUCAUAACCUAUACAACACUAAUGAUACUGCUGUCUCGGAUUGAAGAAAGGAAGGCAAUCAUUGGAUUAUACAACUAUGCUCAUGAAAUGACUCAUGGAGCAAGUGACCGAGAAUACCCACGCCUUGGUCAGAUGAUUGUGGAUUAUGAAAAUCCGUUAAAGAAGAUGAUGGAAGAAUUUGUACCCCAUAGUAAGUCUCUUUCAGAUGCACUAAUUUCUCUUCAGAUGGUGUAUCCUCGAAGGAAUCUUUCAGCUGACCAGUGGAGAAAUGCCCAAUUAUUGAGUCUCAUCAGUGCACCCAGUACAAUGCUUAACCCUGCACAGUCUGACACUAUGCCUUGUGAAUAUCUCUCUUUGGAUGCUAUGGAAAAAUGGAUUAUCUUUGGCUUUAUUUUGUGCCAUGGGAUCCUAAAUACUGAUGCAACAGCAUUGAACCUUUGGAAGCUAGCUCUUCAAAGUAGCUCUUGCCUUUCUCUCUUUCGGGAUGAAGUUUUUCACAUUCACAAAGCUGCAGAAGACUUAUUUGUAAACAUACGAGGGUAUAAUAAGCGUAUUAAUGACAUAAGAGAAUGCAAAGAGGCAGCUGUGUCACAUGCUGGUUCAAUGCACAGAGAAAGACGCAAGUUUUUAAGGUCUGCACUGAAAGAACUGGCUACUGUCCUCUCUGAUCAGCCUGGCUUGCUAGGUCCCAAGGCACUUUUUGUUUUUAUGGCAUUAUCCUUUGCCCGUGAUGAAAUUAUCUGGCUCCUUCGUCAUGCAGAUAACAUGCCAAAGAAGAGUGCAGAUGACUUUAUAGAUAAGCACAUUGCUGAAUUAAUAUUCUACAUGGAAGAGCUUAGAGCACAUGUAAGGAAGUAUGGACCUGUAAUGCAAAGAUAUUACGUGCAGUACCUUUCUGGCUUUGAUGCUGUUGUCCUCAAUGAACUUGUGCAGAAUCUUUCUGUUUGCCCUGAAGAUGAAUCAAUUAUCAUGUCCUCUUUUGUUAACACUAUGACUUCUCUAAGUGUAAAACAAGUUGAAGAUGGGGAAGUAUUUGAUUUCAGAGGAAUGAGAUUAGAUUGGUUUAGAUUACAGGCAUAUACCAGUGUCUCUAAGGCUUCACUUAGUCUUUCAGAUCACAGAGAACUUGGAAAGAUGAUGAAUACAAUAAUUUUUCAUACGAAAAUGGUAGAUUCGCUGGUGGAAAUGUUGGUGGAAACAUCAGAUCUCUCCAUAUUUUGUUUUUAUAGUCGUGCUUUUGAGAAGAUGUUUCAGCAAUGUUUGGAGUUACCCUCUCAGUCAAGAUACUCAAUUGCAUUUCCACUACUUUGCACUCAUUUUAUGAGUUGCACACAUGAACUAUGUCCAGAAGAGCGACAUCAUAUUGGAGAUCGAAGUCUUUCCUUAUGUAAUAUGUUCCUUGAUGAAAUGGCUAAACAAGCUCGAAAUCUCAUCACUGAUAUUUGUACUGAACAGUGUACUCUUAGUGACCAGUUACUGCCCAAGCAUUGUGCCAAAACCAUCAGUCAAGCAGUGAAUAAGAAGUCAAAAAAGCAGACUGGUAAGAAAGGGGAACCUGAAAGAGAAAAGCCAGGAGUUGAGAGCAUGAGGAAAAACAGGCUGGUAGUGACAAACCUUGAUAAAUUGCACACUGCACUUUCUGAGUUGUGUUUCUCUAUAAAUUAUGUACCAAACAUGGUGGUUUGGGAACAUACAUUUACCCCACGAGAAUAUUUGACUUCUCAUCUGGAAAUCCGCUUUACUAAGUCAAUUGUUGGAAUGACUAUGUAUAAUCAAGCCACACAGGAAAUUGCGAAACCAUCAGAGCUUCUAACAAGUGUAAGAGCAUACAUGACUGUACUCCAGUCAAUAGAAAACUAUGUGCAAAUUGAUAUUACGAGAGUAUUUAAUAAUGUUCUUCUUCAACAAACACAACAUUUAGACAGUCAUGGAGAGCCAACCAUUACAAGUCUAUAUACAAAUUGGUAUUUGGAAACUUUGUUAAGACAAGUCAGCAAUGGUCAUAUAGCUUAUUUCCCUGCAAUGAAGGCAUUUGUGAACCUACCUACAGAAAAUGAAUUAACAUUCAAUGCAGAGGAAUAUUCUGACAUAUCAGAAAUGAGGUCGUUAUCAGAACUACUAGGCCCAUAUGGUAUGAAGUUCCUAAGUGAAAGCCUUAUGUGGCAUAUUUCAUCACAAGUUGCUGAACUUAAGAAACUUGUGGUGGAGAAUGUUGAUGUGCUAACACAAAUGAGGACCAGCUUUGACAAACCCGACCAGAUGGCUGCACUCUUUAAAAGAUUAUCGUCUGUUGACAGUGUCUUGAAGAGGAUGACAAUAAUUGGUGUAAUUUUAUCUUUCCGAUCAUUGGCACAAGAAGCACUUAGAGAUGUCUUGUCUUACCACAUUCCUUUUCUUGUAAGUUCAAUUGAGGAUUUCAAAGAUCACAUUCCAAGGGAAACUGAUAUGAAGGUUGCAAUGAAUGUGUAUGAAUUAUCAUCAGCUGCUGGAUUACCUUGUGAGAUUGAUCCUGCUUUGGUAGUAGCUCUUUCUUCACAAAAAUCAGAAAACAUAAGUCCAGAAGAAGAAUAUAAAAUUGCCUGCCUCCUCAUGGUCUUUGUGGCAGUUUCUUUGCCAACACUGGCCAGUAAUGUGAUGUCUCAGUAUAGCCCUGCUAUAGAAGGGCACUGCAACAACAUACAUUGCUUGGCCAAAGCCAUCAACCAGAUUGCCGCAGCUUUGUUUACAAUUCACAAAGGAAGCAUUGAAGAUCGGCUUAAAGAAUUUCUGGCGCUUGCGUCCUCCAGUCUACUGAAAAUUGGCCAGGAGACAGAUAAAACAACAACAAGAAAUAGAGAAUCUGUUUAUUUACUGCUAGAUAUGAUUGUGCAAGAAUCCCCAUUCCUGACAAUGGAUCUUUUGGAAUCUUGUUUUCCUUAUGUCUUGCUGAGAAAUGCAUACCAUGCUGUCUACAAGCAAAGUGUUACAUCUUCUGCAUAAAACAUCUACUUAUGAAGACAAGCACGCAUUUUUGUUGCCUCAGUUUUACCUGUAAACAGUGGAACUAUUUUACCUUAAGGCCUGAAAAACAGUUUUGUGGAUUAUAAAUUACUUUCAUACGGUUGUAUUUUCUGAUCAUUGGUUUCUUAUAUGGUUGUACUUCCAUAUACUUGGUUGAUUUAGGUUGCACAUUUGCUGAAUUUACUGAAAUUAUUCCAAUAAUUUUAGAGUAUCAUUUGUUUAAAAAACAUACAUUAUCUCUAUGUUUUUGAUAUUUGAUAAUGAAAAAAACUUUGCUUGUUUAUUUCUGAAAAAGAAUUGUAUUUAGUGAUUAUUUUAGGUAGUAAUAUUAUAGCAUUCAUCUGUGUGUAAAUUAUUUCAUAUAGGGAAGAGUUCUGACCUGUACCUAUGGUUCUUAUUGAAAACAAAACUGGAUGUGCAUUUCUGUGAUGUUAUGAAUACAUUUCUACUUUAUUUUGAAACAUUGCCAAACUAAUUACUGUAACACUGUAUAACAUUAAAAAAUGUUUAAGGACUGCUUAGCAUUAGAAGCAGACUAUGUCCCAAAAUUCUAAAACAGCAACAAAAUUGUUGCUUGUAUAAAGCCUAGUGAUAAUUUUUAGACUAAUUUCCAUAGUGCCCUGUUGGCAUUAGCACUACCGUUGUACCCCUGCUGUAUAAUAAACACCCUUAGACAUUUAUCAGCUCUUGAUACAAAUGUUAGUCCCUAACCACUUUUUAUAUGUUUUAAAUUUUUGAAAUUCAAGUGUAUCUGCCAUAACAUAAAAUAAACACUAGACUGUAUCACAUUUUGAAUGCUUUCUUUAAUUUGGGAUCCUCAGAAAUUUAUUCAACAAUAGGAAAGUUUUCAUUUAAACUUAGUUUAAAAUAAACUUUAGUUUAGGAAUAUCUAAGUAUUGUAUUUGAUACCAGAUUAGCUCUUACAAGAUUCUUCUUCUUCUUUUUUUUUUUUUUUUAAAUCUUUUUAGGGCUGCACCCCAACAUAUGGAGGUUCCCAGGCUGGGGGUCAAAUCAGAGCUGUAGCCCCUAGCCUACAUCACAGUCACAGCAAUGUCAGAUCCAAGCCUCAUCUGCAACCUACACCACAGCUCACGGCAACGCCAGGCCCUCAACCCACUGAGCAAGGCCAGGGAUCGAACCUGCAUCCUCAUGGAUACCAGUCAGAUUCCUUUCUGUUUAGCCACUACAGGAACUUCCUUACAAGAUUUCUUUAAAUGCUUGAAAAACAUUCCACUAGAAAAAAAUACUCAAAUUAGGAAAUAAAAUUAUGUAACCUUUUUUUUAAAAAAUUAAGAACUAAAAAGAAACUUGUGUGCCAUUAGCUUGCUAAUUUUAUGAGCAAGUGGACAGAUUUAUUUGAAAGACUGGGAAAAAAAUUAAAUGAUCACAGAACUAGCGAAAAUGUUGAGCACUACUACUACAUCAGUCAAUAAUGAAUGGGAAGGACAUAAGGGCCUGUUGCUUGGAAGUUGGCAUGGAGGGUAGAGUAGCGCAUUUAGUUUGAAAACUAACCAGAUGUUUUGCUCUUUGAUUGGCAUUGUGAAGACCGAUCCUCAGCUCUCUGUAUCUGGGUAUCACAUAGAGCUUCUGUAGUUCACAGCCUCUUAAUUUAUGUACUGAUAACUUGUAUUAAUAUAAAAGGAGGCUACUGUGAACUCAGUUAUAAUUCUCAUGUUCAGAUACAGGAAUGAAAGUGAAAUGCCACAGGUUUAUCAUCUUUCCAUUUUGUGUAUGAUAGCUCUAGUCUAUAUUUAAAGCAGAGAAUGGUUGUCACCGUCUGCUGAAAAUUACCAGUGGUUCCACUGAGGAUUUUCUAUAAGGGAAGGAAUUUUUAAAUGAAAUAGUUAAAACUUGAAAUAGCCUGAAUAUACAGUGAAGAGUUGAAACUAAGAUUAAAUGCUGUUUACUUUGAAAAUAUUAGGAUCCUGGAGUGGUUAUAACUUGUCUGUAAUGAUAUCCUCAGAGAUAAACUAGACAUUUGAGUAUAUACAGUUCGAUUGAGGUAAUACAUGGAAGGGCAUAAGGACCUACAUUAGACAUUAUUUAACUCUGUUCAGGCUGAAAGAAAAGGUCACUCUUUUAUAGUCAGGUGAAGUUUGUCUUGCCCCAGUUUUUUUCUCAUAUACCCUGACUGAUUGACUGACUGGUGUACUGUGUGAUUAUUCUUCGCAGAGAGUUUUUCUACCCUCAAAAUAAAUGAAUUUUUAAAAAUAAAGUUAAAAGUAAAUUGAC